GUAUAUAAAACGCAGCAUUAAUAAAUAUUUGCUUAUAUUACUCUCAAGUAUUAUUUUAAUUUAUUUACUAAUAUUACACAAAACUAACAUGGGUCUAGACAACGAAAAUCCAACUUUAUUUGAAAAAAGUGAAGAAAGAAUAAUAAGUGAAAAAGAUUUGGAUGAUAAUGAAGCUGAAGAGUUUGAUUCACGAGAGAUUUUUGACUUGAUUAGAGGAAUUACUGAUCCAGAACAUCCAUUGUCACUAGAAGAAUUAAGAGUAGUUGAUCAAAAUUUAAUAGAGGUUGAUGAUAACGCUAAUAUUGUGAAAGUUCUAUUCACACCAACAAUUCCUCAUUGCAGUAUGGCUACAUUAAUCGGAUUGUCUAUUAAAGUUCGACUUUUAUGGUGUCUUCCUCCUCGCUUUAAAAUAUCUGUUACCAUCACCCCAGGUACUCAUGCAUCUGAACAUGCCAUCAACAAACAAUUAGAUGACAAAGAAAGAGUAGCUGCUGCUUUGGAAAAUACUCAUUUGUCAACAGUGUUAAAUAAAUGUAUAGCCACUGCAUAGUUUUAUAUCAGUAACAUAAAUUUUGAAUUAAAAAACACAAGAUGUAAAUAAUUCUUAGUUAAUUGCAAAUAUUUAUUUAUUUAUUUU